AUGUCAGAAACCCGCAGAAUAAACCCCCACAGUAAAGUCUUCCUGAUCAAAAACUUCCUCUCUCUGCCGCUCCGUGAGCGCGUCCUGGGCCUGGAGAGGGAAAUCAUCCACGACCCCAAUUACUUCGGCUUCGACACACACUCGCUUCAACACUCCAACCUAGAACUCCUCGACGCCCAGCCGAAUGUUGUGAAAUGGAGCCUAGACAUCGGGUCUGGCUUGUGCAAUAAAUCCGGCAAUUUACAUGGUGGCGCCGCGGCAACUCUGCUCGAUAACCUGACGAGUACGGCGCUGUUGACGAUCGCGAGGGAAGGGUUCCUGGACGGCGGACACGUGAGUAGGACAAUCACCAUGACCUAUUUGCGGCCAGUACCCAUGGGGAGCAAGGCGAUUGUGGACUGCGAGGUUCAAGCUGCCGGGAGGAAUACGGCAAAUAUCGUGGGCAAGGUCUACGUGAAUGGGAAGCUGUGUGUUACGUGCGUGCAUGACAAGGCGGUCUUGCCAAGUCCCAAACAGGCCAAGUUAUAG